UGAUGACUUUUCACUUCUUCUCAUUUGCAACACUGAGGAGGCCUCGUUUCUCUUUUUUUUUUUGUUGCCUCGGGCUGUAGGAAGUCAGUCGGUUUUUGUUCUUUCUGUGUGCGUUCGAGAUCUCCAUACUGAUGGCGCUGCGACGUCGUCGGGCCUCACGUAGCGAGGAUGGCGACGGAGUUAAAGUAACCUACGUUGCUUCGGGGCUGUCGGCACUAAUCCGGAGGACUUUCUCGGCGCCGGGGGCGGGGUGUUCUUGCGCCCUGCGCGAGGCGUUCAAGGUUUGAUCGCGACAAUGCGCAUCUCAACGGCUGUGGCGGGGAUUUAGCGUUUUUCUGGAACGAUUGGUCGGCCGAUUGAGCCGUCUGAACAAGUUUGUCUCAAACUUUAAGUCUCGGGAUCUCCCUUAGAGAACGGGUGAGAAGCUCGGUCAUCAGGGAGGGGCUCAGCGUCGAGGUGGCUGGGGGCAUCUGAUCCGGAGGCCUCCCAGGUGGUUCCCACCGCAAAGAGACCCCCGGGGACGACCCAGGACACGCCGGAGAGACCGUGUCUUGGGAACCCCUCGGGAUCUCUCCGGAAGAACUGGAAGAAGUGGCUGGGGAAAGGGAAGUCUGGGUAUCCCCGCUGAAGCGCGUGACCCGACCCGGAAUGGCGGUAGAAAAUAAAUGGAUAGAGUCUUAACUGCAGGUUAUUGUACAGUGAAGAAAAUAAGUAUUUGAACACCCUGCUAUAUCGCAGUUCUCCCAUUUGGAAAUCGUAAGAACCAUAUCAAGGUUCUGGCGUGGCCUAGCAAGUCUCCAGACCUAAACCCAAUCGAGAAUCUUUGGAGUUGAGCUGAAACUCAGCCCAGAAACCUGUCGGAUCUCGAGGAAGAUCUGUGUGGAGGAGUGGGCCAAAAUCCCUCCCGCAGUGCGUGCAAACCUGGUGAAGAACUACAGGAAACUUUUGAGCACUCUAAUUGCAAACUACUGUACCAAAUAUUAAUAUUGGUUAAAUACGGAUUUGCAGCUGUAUCACACAAAUAAAUUGUUGAAAAAAGAUCAGACAUUUCUAGAUUUUUCUUUUUAGGUGAUCUGUGGAUGCGCCAGGAAAAUUUCAGACCCCUUCACGAUUUGUAAGCGGGAGAACUCGCAAUAUAGCAGGGUGUUGAAAUACAUAUUUUCCUGACUGUACCUCCGGGCCUGACCAGCUCCUUCCGCACAACGCAUCGUAGCAAUUUCUCUGGACUAUUCACACGCACGUCAUCAUUUCAUAACGCCGCAAAAGUUUUCGAACCCUUCUCAGACCCUUCACGUGUACUCGAAAGGAUGUUGUCGAGCUUUUCGCGUGCAGGCAUGGUGACAAAUUGCGAAGAAAUGGGCAAACGUAUUAUUCAUUUGCGUUUCUCCCCGACACGUCGCGCAAUAGAAAUAAAUUUGAUUUUUUUUUUUUUUUUUUUUUUGCUUGCGUUGCCAUUCAAAGGCUCGCUUUUGUUUGUCGCUCAAAUUUGGAUUGCGUAUUUUUAAGCUCCGGGAUGCGAUUUGUGCGGCGAAUUAACGUUUGUUUGUUUUUGUCUCUCAAAUCCCGCAUCAGCCCCCCCCCAUCCCCAAAAGUGUCCUGUAACACCGCGUCUUGUAUUUUCUUCCACUCCCCUUCAAGGUUGCCGUCGCCCUCCCUCAGAUAAUCGUCUUUUGUCCGGCUCGCGCGGGCUUCGGAAUGCGGGCCUUGUUUGCUUUGAGUCAACAGAAACCGAAGCGGUCGAUGCGCGCAAGGGCCCCGGCGUCGCUAGCGUCGCGAAGCUCUUUUACGCCGACGACAUCUGCUCCGUUGGUUCCGUUUGAUCAAUUCAUUUGUCUUUUUAUUGCCAGGAGGAUUUUGCGUGGGCUUCCCGUCGCUUCAAAUGUGUACUUCCGCUAAGAACGUCCGUGUUGCUAGCUUUCCGAUUUUGUUAGCUAUAGUUAACCGCUUCUCCUAGCUGUUUAAAGAACAAGGUUAAUGUAGGAACAGAAACUGUGAAACUGGAUUUGUCGUCACAUUGGCUUUUACCUGAUUCUCGUAUCCGGCGCUUGUUUGGAAUUUAGUCGUAAAGUGAGUAAGAGGAAUGAAGAUUAGCCGGGGAAAAGAUGGCGAGGGUGGACGACUUCGAAUACUCGGGGUCGACAAUCCAGGGCAACAGUGAGUUUUGCUAAGGAAGUGAAGAAACUGGUCCAAGCGGGGUGGAACAGUUGGCGGAAGGUGUCUGGUGUUCUAUGUGACAGAAGAGUCUCCGCCAGGAUGAAGUCUAUAAAACGGUGGUGAGGCCGGCCAUGACGGACGGAUUAGAGACUGUGGCGGGGAAGAGACAACAGGAAGCAGAACUGGAGGUGGCUGAAACGAAGAUCUUGAGGUUUUAGGUGGGACGGGAUUAGAAACGAGCUCGUUAGAGGGACGGCCAAAAGUUCGAGAGACUGCAGACUUGGAUGGUUUGGACAUGUCCGGAGGCGAGAAAGUGAGGAAGACCAAAGGGAAGGCUGAUGGAUGUGGGGAGGGAGGACACGAGGACGGUGGGUGUCAGAGAGGAAGACGUGGCGACCCCAGACGGGACAAGCCGAAAGGAAAAGAAGACGACGUUGCUGGCGCCGGUGUCUCAAAGUCGAAGCGCACAAGGGCUUGACGAGCGUUCGGUUCUUUCCGCGCGACGGGCUUGUUAUGCGCCGAGCAGACGACGGUUCUCCAUCGCCGCUAGCUAGCGUCUCAUCGAGUGGACGCUAAACGGCUUUGGCGAGUGCCCGCCGCCAUCCCGGGGAGUCGCCAUCGAUUUCUUUUUUUUUUUUUUUUUUUUUUUUCCGGCCUCGUGAAGUGCCGGUAAAAGGCUCCGUCGACGAAGAACGACGACCCCGUCGGGAUUGCGGCCGCGUCACCGCGUCGGUUGCCAGGCCGACAACUUGGCGCCGAUGACUGGAGUUAAGCGAGGCGACUUUGAUGAAAGCAAUGAGCCAUUUUUUAUUAUAAUUUUUUUUCCCUCUGUCCUUGCUUAAACUCUGCAAGUGUGAAUGGAGGCCAAAAGCCGACGCAGGCGCAGGAGAGUUCGGGAACCUCGUCGGGUACCGAGUGGCCGCUUUCGGGCGGCGAAUAAAGAAGAUCACGACGCUGAUCAACCACAAAGACGGGCCCAGGAAGUCCGAGCGCACCUCGGCGGCCGUCCAGCGGGUGGGCCAGGCGGUCAGCGCGGCGGUGGGCCGCUUCGUCGCCGUCGGGGAGGCCAUCGCCCUGGAGAACCACGAACUCAAGGACGAGAUGGGACGCGCCUGCUUCGAGGCCCGCCGCGCCGGGGACGCCAUCGCGCAGCUGACCGACGUGGGGCCCGUGCACGCGACCUCGCCGACCGUGUUCGCCGAUCGCACGGGGAUGGUGAAGGCCGCCCGCCUGCUGCUGUCGUCCGUCACCAAAGUCCUGGUGCUGGCCGACCGGAUCGUCAUCAAGCAGAUCGUGGCGUCGCGCAACAAGGUCCUGGUGACUCUGGACCAUCUGGAGCGCGUGAGCACCUUCCAGGAGUUCGUGCAGAUCUUCAGCCAGUUCGGCAACGAGAUGGUGGACUUCGCCCACCUCACCGGAGACAGGCAGAACGACUUGAAAGACGAGAAGAAAAAAGCCCGCAUGGCCGCCGCUCGGGCCGUGCUGGAGAAGUGCACCAUGAUGCUCCUGACGGCCUCCAAGACGUGCCUGAGGCACCCGGACUGCGAGUCGGCGCGGAUCAACAAGGACGCCGUCUUCCAGCGGAUGCGCUGCGCCCUGGAGCAGGUCGUGGACAUCGUGACGGAGGCUCACGGCUGCGCGGGCGACGUCUCGCCCGCCGGCAUCUACGGCGCCGUCAAGGAGUACAAGAUGAGCGUGGAGGGCCUGCGCGACAACCCGUUGGCCUCGUCGCCGGACGGCGCGGGCCGCCAGCUGGAGGCGCUGGUGGAGCGCACCGAGGACUUCACCGACUCGCCCUACACGGGGCACGAGCAGCGCCAGGCCAUCCUGGGCGUGUGCCAGGCGGCCCGCGAGGACGGCCGCCGGCUGCUGCACGCCUGGACCCAGGCCCAGUCGGUCCAGGCCAAGGAGACCACCGAGGAGUUGGAGGUGGCCAUCGCCAAGUCGUGCCAGAGCGUCAACGAGCUGACGCGCGAGCUGCAUGUGGCGGCGGCGGGCCGCACCGCCGAGCUGCUGAGGGUGAACGCCGAGCACUCGCCGCUGCGCGCGCUCAAGGCGGCCGGCGCCGAGGGCGACCUGGAGGCGGUGGCGCGGCAUUCCCGAACGCUGACCGAGCAGAAGGAGCAGCUGGUGGAGAACUGCCGGCUGCUGUGUCACGUGUCCGGGACCGAGCCGCUGGAGAUCGCUUGCGUGCACGCCGAGGAGACCUUCCACGUCGUCGGCCCGCAGAUCAUUUCGGCGGCGCAGACCCUGGCGCUGCACCCGUCCAGCAAGAUCGCCAAGGAGAACCUGGAGGUGUUCUGCGAGGCUUGGGAGUCGCAGCUGGGCGACGUGGCGCUGCUGCUGCGCGAGAUCGACGACGUCGCCGAGGGAAAGCGAGGAGACAAACGGGGGUAUUUGUCACUUCCCAGGUCCGGAAAGCUCUCUUCUAAUGUGAAGAACGCCAAGCCCGUCAAGUUGGACGCAGAGGAGCAAAGCGGCGUGGCCAAAGCGGGCCUGGAGCUUCGGCUGCUGUCGUCCGACGUGGACGCCGAGCUGGAGAAGUGGGAGGAGCAAGAGCAGCGGGUGGUCCGCCACGGCCAGAGCGUGGCCAGCAUGGCCUACAACAUGUACCUCUUCACCAGAGGGGAGGGGCUGCUGAAGACCACCCUCGACCUCUUCCAUCAAGCCGAGGUUCUGUCUGAAGAAGGACUCCAGUUGUGCUCCUCCCUGCAAGUUUUGUGCACGCAGCUGAUCGGUGAAGAGAAGUCGGCGCUGACGUCGGAGGUGGAGAAGCUGGCGGCGGCGUGUCAACAGCUGCAAGCCGGGGCCCGGACCCCCGCGCAGGGCAAGAGCGCCACCUUCCAGAAGGUGGACUCGGCCGUUCAGACCACCCGGGCCGUGCUGACCCUCGUGCUCAACAUCCUGCCGGCGUGUAGCAAGCUCAACGCCAAGUCCACGCCGGACGACCCCGCGCCAGUCCGAGACGGCGGCGGCGACUACGCCGUCAAGCCCUUCGAGCAGCGCCUGGCCGGCCUCAACCUGCUGGAGAGCAACUGAUCGGCCGAGCGGCGUCGCGACGCGGACGGCCACUGGGGGGCGACAGAGCCGGCCGAGUGGAAUCGAGAGCUAAAGCCGCCCCAGUAACAUCGCUCGCGCUUGUUUUUGUCUCGUACGAAUAUAGUGGAUCCGAAAAGUCUACACGCCCCUGUUCAAAUGCCCAGUUUUUUUUGCGUUAUAAACAAAUAAGAAUAACUGAGAUUGUGUAGUUGCACAAGUGUGCACACCCUCUUCCAACUGGGGACGCGGCUUUGUUCAGAAUAAAAUCGUCUUAAAAAAAGAAGUCAGCACACACCUGCCGCCAUUUAAGGCGUGGCCAAUUGAAUCCAAACAAACUUUUGAAGUUCUAGUAAGCUUUUGCUGGCGUUUUUUUUUUUUUUUUGACGGUUUUAUGCUAGCAAAGACUGCUAUUUUGUUUGUUUAUUCGGUUCAUAAUUCCCUUGCUUAGUGAACUCAUCUAGAAUCUUAAUUCAAUUGGUCCCUGAUCUAUUUUUUUCAUAUGACAAAAUCCGAGCGUUUGAAAAGUGGCGUGUAGACGUUCGAUGUCCACUGACCUUGCACACCAGCUACGCGAUUGUCGUCGUCUUGUCGUGACGUGUCCGUUUUGCGCUACUCUGUUACACAACAUCGUGCCAUAUAAGUACUAAAAAGACAAAAAUCAUUUAAUUGCCAAAUAUGAUCUUAGCAAGUGAUUUUGUAAGAAUUUCGUGCCACGCGUACCGACGUGUCCGAAUGUCGGACGACGGUACUCGGAAUCGAACGCGCGAUGUUUGCGAUCGAGUCGUGUUGACCUGCUUUUUUUGUUGUUGUUUGUCUGAGAAUGCGAGCAGCUAAGGACGCUGGGACGGUUCACGCGUGGGAAAAAAAAAAAAAUCAUAGCUUUAGUUUUGGGUAUAACGAGAGAAAAAAAAAUUAUAGGAUGGAUAAAUAAACUAUUUUUUAUUACA